UGCGGGGCUGGGAGCAACAUGAUGUACUAUUUGUUACACGGUACAAGACAUUUCAACUAGUCAUGUGAGCCAGUAGCUAGGCGUAGCCCCAUCCAUAUGUGAACUACGCGAACAUUUAAAGGCCCUGCCCUUGCUGUCAUGUGUCUUGGAAGAGGGAAGUGAGAAGGGCAAGACGUUGACAAAUUCCGGGUGAUUCCUCAGCAAAGACGUGUAACUGGGAUGGAGUGACAUGCAGCAUCUUCAGCGCUCAUCUUGUUCCUGGUUAUGAGAUCACAUAGAAGAGAAUGACGUCCGAGGUGGAAGAAGACAUCCGUCUUCUGGCUGGAGGUGUACCUGAGCCGCUCGUCAUUCAGGAGCUUCUUGAUAGGCUGCGGGAAGUAGAGGCUGAGAAUUCUGCUCUUGCACAAGCCAAUGAAACGCAGAGGGAGACUUACGAACGUUGUCUAGAUGAGGUUGCCAACCAUGUUGUCCAGGCCCUUUUAAAUCAGAAGGAUCUCCGAGAAGAAUGUAUCAAACUGAAGAAGAGAGUGUUUGACCUUGAGCGUCAGAACAGGACAUUGAGCGACCUUUUUCACCAGAAGCUUCAACGUUCUUCAGGAUCAUCCCCUGAGCUGCAACCGCUCCAGGUUCUGUCUGACCCUCAAGCAGAGGAUUUAGAGAGGCUUUCUGGCUCCCUUCCUCUAGGACAAUGUGCUGUACAAAGAGAGGGGAAACAGCGAUCUUCCCGUGCCCAGUCAUCUUGCCGCUCUCUAGACGCCAUGUCCCCAUUCCUCAGGAAAAAGGCACAGAUUCUAGAGGUUUUACGAAGGCUUGAGGCCACAGGCUCCCAGGCUGGAUUGUCCUGCACUGCUCCACCACUGCUGUUUGGGGGUCUUUCAUCGGCAGGUGGGAAUGGCCUGCGUUUAGGAUCAGAGCAGGGCUUGGAUUACUUAAAUGGCGAAGGGCUGACGCCUCCGGAACUUGGUGGAGAUGAGCCCUGGACAUCCUGUCUACUCCUGGCUCAGAGUGGUUGGGAGGAGUUUUUCAAGUGGAAAGCUAUCCAACGUGAGCCUCCAGCUGGAAGCCCUGGUGAGGGGGGAGGGGAACGUCUUGGACUGACAGCAGUGGAGGAGACACAGCAGUUGGCACGACAAGCUGAAGGCAGUUCUUCCUCCUCAGAUGAUGACAUUGGGGAACCACCUCCUCCCCCUGACAUAAGGCAGAGGCUGCCAUUGACAGACUUAUCAAAAGGCUUUGGACCUUGUAUGUGCUCCCGUGGUACUGGAAAUAAGAGGGGCCCUGGUGAGGGACAUUCUGAUGGGACAGGUUUAAGUAGGGGGCACUUUGGGCAACUUCACUCAUUAACCUGUUAUAGUAGAAGCCUACGGGAUCUGGUGGAGAUUCAGCAGGUACCAGGGACAUCACCAGUAGUUAUAGAAAAGGCUGAUUCUGUACCUCGAUCUCAUGGGAAACAGCUAGUUUCUGAGAAUGUUUCAGAUGGUUCCAUCCUAAACUGCCCCUCCUCUCCAGGGGCAUCCAUUACUCCGCAACGAGACACAAAUGGACUUGUUCGUAAGAGUUCAACCCAGGAGACGUUAGAUGAAUGCCCUCAGUCAGUGGUCCCUAGUCCAUCUUGUACAGAAACAGAAGAUGAACUUCUCCCUCCUUGUGAGCCUCGCACGGCACACAUACCCUCUCCAGCCAAAUUCCUCAAGUUUCUGAAGCUUCCAGGUUCAGGGGAGAGGUUACAAAACCCCAACCCCCUGCGACUUAGUCCCCAGCUUACCCAAGCCUCUAAGAUCCCUUGCCGUAGCAAUAAUUAUGAGGCUUUCCCCUCUCCUCGUAUGAGUAGGAAGACUGUGGAAGAGUUGCCUGGUCCUGGCACUGAUGUUGACUCGCCUUCCCCCUCAGAAUUCCCCCACUCUGAUACAAACAGACAGGGAUCAGUUGAGAGGCCCCUCAACAUGAUUAGUAAAUCUGGAAUACAGUGCUGCACCAAAAAAUCGCACGACUAUGAAAACAUCCCAGUUACCUCUGCUAGAAACUCUGAGCUUCCCAGUACAAAUCAAGCUGCUGAGACUAUGGAGCCUGCUUCCCAUUUAGCUGUUGAAGUGUGCUCUCCUACUUGCUCUACCCCAGGACUUUGCCUGCACUCUCAAGGGACUGAGCAACCUAAUGCUCAAGUAAGCACUCCUUUUCUUAAAAAAACUGGAGUUUCUAGGAAACCCCCAGAGUCUGCUGGGCACCUCCCAUUCCGUGAGAGGAUGGGAAAGUUAAGGGGCACUGAUAACCAACAGUCGGACAUUUCUGGAGAAGGAACUGAUAGUAACAGGGUGGUGGGUGACAGCCUUGAGCUUCGUCCGUCUAUGAAGAGAUCCAUUGCUGUGAGCAGUCUAAAAACUCCGGAGCCUGGAUCAACAGAAAGUUACCCACCAAGAUACCAUGCUCAAAAAGGAGAGUCUGCUAGGUCUCGUCAGCCUCCUUCUCACUGUUCACCAGGAUCACCUCAUGGUCCUCGUAACCCAACCCGUGCUCCUCCUGUUCCUAGUAAAUCUCCACGCAGUCCUCAUGGCAGCCCUACAAAGUUACCGGCAAAGUCCCCAAGUAAGGCAACUGCAAAACCACUGAUGUCUAGACCGUUAAGCGAGGAACUCAGGCAGAGCCCGCGGCAUCCACCACAAUCUAGCGAAGACAAACAUCGGAUGCAGCCAACUGAUCUAGGCAAAAAAAAUGGAACGUGUCCUGAAUAUGCUUGCACCCGUUCAGCCGGCCAACAGAAUGCAGAAAAUAUUCCUCUAAGUGCUUUGCAUUCUGCAAUUGAAGAAAAGGUAAUGAAGGGUAUCAAGGAAAAUAUGAUGAGGCUUCAGGAACAACACCGUGCACCAGCCCCUGAUCCUAAACAACGAAAUUCUAGUGGCAUAGCCAGUUGGUUUGGACUAAAGAAGAGCAAGCUCCCAGCACUUAGCCGGAGGCCUGAAGCUGCCCGACUGAAAGAUGAGAAAAGAGAGAGGGUGGGUGGAAGUUCCCCUCGCUCUAGGGAUGUGAAGGGGGAGAGCCUGAACAUCUCUAUGCUGAUGGAGAAAGCUGAAGAUCUGCGCAAGGCCCUACAGGAAGAGAGGGCCUACAUCAAUGGACUUUCCUUGGAUAAGACUCGAACAGUACCUUCUGUGGAACAGACACAGAGUCAACGGCCCUUGACUGCUGACAACUUCAUGCAGCAGCUUUUGAACAGGGUCGAUGGCAAAGAUGCUCCACAUGAAAGCCGCAUGGAUGGUAAGACUCCACUUCGUGACUUUGCAAGGCUUUCACCAGAGAACAAAGAUGUCAGGCCUUUCCGCUCUCAAAGGAACGGCAUGAUUGCACAUGCCGAGCGUUGUGAACAGAAGAGCGUGGAGCAGAUCAAAGAAGUGGCUCUCCAAUCUGAUGACCGAGUUACGGAAGCGGUCGCUUCUCAGCACUUUGCAGCUUGUGAUUCCCUCACUAGGACUCUAGACAGUGGCAUAGGCACAUUCCCUCCACCCGAUUACUGCGGAGGAACUCCAAAUAAAAGCACCCCAAAGUUAAAGCCUAGGCUGGAGUCCCCAUCUGUUCUCCCUGUAGGAAAAUUUUCUGCAUUCCCAAAGGUACCAAGGAAAGCAAGGACUUUGGAAAGGGACUUGAGAGGUGUGGAGGAGAUGUUUCCUUCUACACAACAUCAGAGUGUCCCAGCAUUCCAUGCUCUGUUGGCCCAGCCAGAGCCCACUUUGGAACACAUAGUAUAUGGAGAAGAAGCUGGACUAGAUCGCAGCCAUUCUCAACCGGCAAAAAACUGGACCUUUCCCAAUGCCAAGUUCAGUGCUGGGUCUACAAACAGUUUUAGGUCUAGAACACAUGAUCUGGAGGAGAUACCGUCUGAAGGGGAUAGAGACUGUGAUGUGCCCGAUUACCCGCAUCCCUCUCUCUGUUUCCCUGGCAGCGUGAGCAGCCGUACUCCAAGCACCUCUGAAGUCGGGGAGGAAGGAACAAGUGAAGCCAAAUCUCGCGAUAACGAACAGGGUCAGACUCGGUUGGAAAACUCUGAAUCCCUGAGCGACUCUUUAUACGACAGCCUUUCGUCCUGUGGGAGCCAAGGCUAAAACCAUUUCCCACCCCAAAUAUUUAUGCAACCAGUAACCUUAACAACUCGGGCAUGGGUGGACAAUGCUGGUUGUCUGUGGGUGCUAUUCUGUGUGGAGUCCUUGUCCUUUCCAUGACAGUGUUGCUUUUCUAAAUUUGCCACUCCACCAAGCCUCCAUGAUCCCAAGUGUUAGCCGCAGACUAGAACCUUGAUGUCCUUGACCUUACAGGUAAAGGUCGCAAAGCUUCAUGUCUGCUUCCUUCUGUCCCAAGCUGAACUCUAAACUCGAUCCUACCCUCUGUCGCAGAUGGGCAUUUUAUUUUUUUCCUAGCUGAUAUAGCUUGCCCCCUUUGCUAUGCAUUAAUACCACCAGCGGAUUGAACGUCAUUCAGAGCAGUUAGACUGGUGAAGGGGAAUUCACGGGUUUCUAGAAUACCUCACGUUUCUCUGAGCUCCGUUUUAAGUAAUAUGUGAAACUCUGAUUCAGAAACAGAAUUCCACAAUUUUAUUUUCAGUUUCAUUUUUUUUUUUCUUUCAAGGAAGAAGUUUAGGUGGAUGAAAAAUCCACAUAGUUUAUCUAGAUGCCUCUAUACUAAGGGGAAUUAUUACGAUCAGCUGGAGCUUUGCCAUACAUGGCUCUUCACUCCUUGAUGUGUAUUUCAUUUUUUUUCUUUUUGUGCGCUGAUUAUAUAUAUCUUACAUUUUUUUUAAAAUCUUAUUGUGUACUAUGUUUGGUAUUCCUUUUGCCGUUUGUAUUUGUUGUGCAAUUCAUCCCCUCAUUUUUAUGUUUUCUAUAUAAACGCUAUUGCUCUUACAAAGGUGCUAACCAGUAAAAAUAAUCCUUGUCCAGUUUCUCCCUCUUCUUGUUUCUUGAUGGGUUUUUGUUUAUUUUUUUUAUACUGAUGCUUUUUAUUUUAUUUAUAUAAGUUAUUGUGACUCUGUUUUUCUGCCUCACUUUCUUUUAAGCUAAAAAUAAAAAAAAUCAUAAAAAUAACCUGUAA